AUGGCUCCGUUUGAGGCGUUUUACUGGCGUAAGUGUCAUACUUCUUUGAGUUGGAAUGAGUUGAGUGAGAAAUGUGUUGUUGGUCCAGAAUUGAUUCAAGAGAUUGAGGAUAAAUUUAAGUUGGUUAAGGAUCAGUUGAAGGUUGUUUUUUAUCGGCAAAAGUCAUAUGCCGAUUUGAAACGUCGAGAGGUUGAGUACGCUGUGGGUGACUUGGUGUUUCUUAAGGUUUCUCCUUGGAAGAAGGUGUUAUAUUUUGGGCAUAAGGUUGAUGAGGUUGAGGUUAGUGAGGAUAUUUCUUACGAGGAAAAACAUGUUCAGAUUUUGGCUAGGGAUGUGAAAGUUCUUUGGAACAAGGUCGUUCCGUUAGUAAAAGUGUUGUGGCGUAACCACAAUACUGAGGAGGCGACUUGGGAGACGGAAGAGUUGAUGAGAGCUCAGUUUUCACACUAG